GUGGAGAGCGGUCGUUCCUCUGGGCUUAUGUGUUUCGUGCGUAGUUAUGUGACUGUGUUUAAUGUUUACGAAGGUACAUUGGAUUGACCUGAAAAUGUGACACUCAGUGAUAGUGUAGUGAAAGUGUAUCGAGUAAUGAAUCAUGACGUCAUAUGUGGGUGUGAAUGACACGGUGGUGUGGACUUACGAAGAGGGCUUCCCACUUCUGAUGCCGCGCUGGGGCUACGUAGCCUCCGCGUUUGUGCUCUUCCUGAUUGGAUUCUUCGGUUUCUUCCUCAAUCUUAUGGUCAUCUUGCUCAUGUUUAAGGAUAGACAACUGUGGACGCCAUUAAACAUCAUUCUCUUUAACCUGGUGUGUUCUGACUUCUCUGUGUCAAUCCUGGGGAACCCGCUUACCCUCAUAUCGGCCCUUUUCCACCGGUGGAUCUUCGGACAUACUAUGUGUGUACUGUAUGGAUUCUUUAUGGCGCUUUUAGGUAUCACAUCAAUCACCACGUUAACGGUGAUAUCAUUCGAGAGGUACCUCAUGGUGACCAGGCCUCUCCGUUCGAGGCACCUCAGCACGAAGGGAGCUGCCCUUUCUGUUGUAUUCAUUUGGGUGUACUCCUUGGCCCUAACAACUCCACCCUUGAUGGGGUGGGGUAACUACGUCAAUGAAGCCGCAAAUAUAAGCUGUUCGGUGAAUUGGCACGAGCAAAGCAUGAACACCCUGACCUACAUUCUAUUCCUGUUCGCGAUGGGGCAGAUCGUGCCCCUGGCGAUCAUCACCUUCAGCUAUAUCAACAUCAUCAGAACCAUGAAGAGGAAUUCCCAACGACUGGGCAGAGUCCGUGUGAGUCGGGCGGAGGCGAGGGCUACUUCCAUGGUCUUCGUUAUGAUCAUUGCCUUUACCGUCGCCUGGACUCCGUACUCCCUCUUCGCUCUUAUGGAACAAUUCGCUUCACAUGGUAUUAUUUCACCUGGCGCCGGAGUCAUACCAGCUCUUGUGGCCAAAAGUUCUAUCUGCUACGAUCCGCUGAUAUACGUCGGCAUGAACACUCAAUUCCGUCAAUCCAUCAAGAAGAUAUUUGGAGUGCAUUCAAAAGGUCGUGGUUCACCGGCCAGCAGGGCAUUCAAUAAUACUGCUAUGUCCCCGGCCCACAAGUUAUCCGCUUUCAAUGAUAUAACCGUGCGUUUUAACACGUCAGAAACCAACCUUUCGAGUACGCCUAAAAGGCUCAAAGAAAAAACGUUCAGCUUAGAGGAAUCUGAUGAAACAAACUACGAUGGAAGUCGUCCUUUACCCAAAAUGUAUGAACUAGGAACAAUAAAAGAAACAAAAACAGCGUCUGAUGCAGAACGUUCCGUUGAUACUGUUUAUGACGAAGAUAGUAGUAACAAGAGAGAUGACGCAGACAUGUCUCCCACAUUAAUAAUCGAUAAUGAACGCUUAUUCUACAGCAAGAAAGACGAUAGUUCUUUAAACCAAAAUAUCAUAAUCGACGACCAAAUAUUCACAAGCAAAAGUAAUGAAAGCGAUGCUAAUAAAUCGAAAAAUAUCAAACACAGUUACUCGUUUGAUUUGGGACAAGUACCCACAGAAGCGAAAAGGAGAAAAUACUCAGUAGAAACGUACAUACCAUCGAAAAGUUUCUUUAAAGAGACAAUAGUUAGCAAAUUUUUCGACAAAGAUUGCGUUCAACUGCAGAACAACUUCAAUGUCUAA